UUUGAGAUUUUCUCACUUUAUUUCCAGCUAGAAUGAUACAAAUUUUAGCAGAAAAGAAUGGUUGUGUUCCACUAUCAAUUGAUAGGGUCAACCAUGAACUUCAAGAUAAAAGAAAGAGUUUUUAACAAUAUGGAAACCCACCAAACAUAGUUCCAAAUACAACAACUGGGAAACCUUAGGCAGACCCAUUAAACCUUAUUCCUUUUCUUCAUCAAUUAUUCCCUUGAAUUGUGAGCCCAUGGACAAAGCAUGAUUCAAUUACAAACAAACACACACAUUUGAUGAACUAUAUAAAUAGAGGUCCUUGUUGAGAAUUAUACUCAACUCUAUCGUGAAAGAAGAGCCUCGACAUGGUAGAGUUGAAUUCAACACAUCUUCAAAUCCUCUCUAUGGCUAUCUUCAUUGUCAUCUUAUGGCUAACCACCAAGACAAAGCCCUCCAAUGCCUUUCCUCCUGGAAAUAGAUGGUUGCCUCUAAUUGGGGAAACCCUAUCUUUUCUGAAGCCUCAUCAAUCCAACUCUGUGGGACACUUCAUGGAAGAUCGCAUCUCAAGUGAUUGGGAUUGUAGGUAUGGGAAAAUAUUCUCCUCUAGUUUGCUGGGAAGAGAGGCCAUAGUAUCAGCUAACGUAGAGUUUAAUCGAUUUGUGCAAAAUAAUGAGGGAAAGCUGUUUGCCACAGCAUGGUUGCCAACCUUUCAAGGGCUUUUCGGCAGAGAAUCAAUAGCAUUUUUGAGUGGAGAAAGCCAUAAGAGAUUGAGAUCUGUUUAUUUGAAGUUCUUGUGCAUGAAGAGAUUGCAGACUGUUUUUUUAGCAGAUGCAGAUUAUUUGGCUUCAUGUAUUGUGAAUUCUUGGAAGAACGGCAGUAUUAUAUCAGCCAAAGAAGAGUCUGUUAAGUAUUCCCUUCAAAUAAUGACCAUGAACACAUUAAGUAUAAGAAAGGAUGAUUGGCUGAUGGAGAUGCUUCUCACGGAUUACUCAUACGUUAUUUCUGCAAUUUGUUCAGUGCCUAUUAAUUUCCCAGGCCUGAAAUAUUGGAAGGCACUUAAG